GUGUACCCUGAGAAAUCCACAACUGAAGAAAGGAAGGAGCUCGAUCGGCAAAUGGCUUCCCAGUAUCAAUGGAUGAAGCAUUCAUGGAAACAGCGCUUCCCCUGGGCUGCCACCAUGAGGACCCAGUGUGACUUUGAGCUUUCCUUGGCCAUCCAGAAACACAAGGAGGAUCAGAGGGAAAUGGAAGCAGCCAAUCCACCUACAGCUACCAACAAUGAGAAUAGUGCGUCCUUCCAAUAUGUCAAUGAACAACAGUUCCAAAAGGCACUGAGAGAUAUUGAGGCUGACAUUCCUCGGACUGACCGACACCGGACCUUCUUCCAACGUGAAGGGCUAGUGAAGCUGCUUUACCUCCGGGAUAUUCUCAUCACGUUUGCGGCCUUUCACCAAGAGAUUGGAUACUGCCGGGGGAUGCAUUACUUUGCCAGCCGCUUCUUAGAGACCUUGGACAAUGAGACAGAGGCUUUUUGGUGCUUUGUAGGAUACAUGCGGCGGUCUGCCUGGGGCUUCACCACCACGGGGGUCCGUCGGAAGAUGCAAAUCUGUGAGGAACUUCUGAAGCACGUUGACCCCGAACUCUAUGACCAUAUUGAGAGCGUCUCCAAGGAAAAGCUGCUCUUCUGCCUCAGGUAA